AUGGGCCGACCCUCUAAUCAUACGCCGGUCCUCCUCCUGCAUGGCGGCAUGGGGAAUAGCAAUCAGAUGUAUCUUCAGGCAAACUAUCUGGCCAAGACCCGGAAGGUCAUUCUUCAAGAUACUCGAGGAGAGGGUCGAAGCCCGUACCGCAAUUUCAGCGAGUUCCAUUACGACGAUUUUGCACGCGACGCCAUCGCAUUAUUGGACCAUCUGAACAUCUCACGCGUCGCAGUGGUGGGAUGGAGCGACGGCGCCAUCACCGGCCUGGACUUGGCCAUGAAUUACAGCUCUCGCAUUGACCGAGUCUUUGCGCACGGAGCGAAUCCUCAAGCCAACAUGAGCAUCCCCGGGCCCGACGAUCCGAUCAUCAACUCGGAAACGGGGAGCUUGGUCUCGGAUGUGGACUCGCACGGGGUGACUUAUUCCACCAAAGGCAAUCUGACCAAACGCGCGAGCGCGGACGCGCCCGACCCCUACUCGUGUGAGAACUUGAGCCCAGCUCCCGGCAAAUGCGCCGCCAUGGAGCAGGGCGUGGACACCAUGUGGAACACCGAGCCAACCUGGGGCCCCGAAGCGUUUUCCAAGAUCAAAUGCCCCGUCUGGAUUGUGGAUGGCGACCACGAUGAAGAUAUUGAACGAAACCAGGCCGAUGCCAUGGCGGCUUGGAUCCCUUUCGCCGGCCAAUUACUUUUGCCACAAGUCUCUCACUUCGCCUUGCUUGAGGAUCCAAAGUUCUUCAACUUUGCAGUCGAAUACUUCUUGGACAUGAAGUACGAUGGUCUGCUGCCGUACUAUUAG